CGUGGCGGUAGGAAGUAAAACCCGGAAACGGGUCGCUCGGCCGUGUCGGAGGAGCGUUCCAUCAGAACCAGCUGGAGCAGCUGAUGGCGGGAUCAUGGAUGGCGAAGGAGCGCCAUUUGCGACCGAGACCUACGGCUCUCAGGAGAAGUGGCGCUACCGCCUGACGGAGGGGCGUGUUGUAGUGCGGGAGAAAAGCGAAGCUGGCGGCCGCAGUUCGCUGCUCGGCCUUUUCAAAAGUGUCUUCUUGCCACAGGGAUAUCCAGACAGUGUCAGCAAGGACUACCUGCAGUACCAAUUCUGGGACACUGUACAGGCUUUCUCAAGUUCUCUGUCAGGUAAUCUGUCCACACAAGCCUCAUUGCGAGGUGUUGGCGUUGGCAAUCAGGAAGCUACUGUUGCCGCAGCGACCGUUACCUGGUUACUAAGAGAUGGCACUGGGAUGUUGGGCAGGAUUCUCUUUGCUUGGAUUAAAGGGAGCAAGCUGGAUUGCGAUGCCAAGAAAUGGAGGUUGGUAGCUGACGUUCUGAAUGAUGUUGCCAUGUUCAUGGAGAUCUUGGCACCCAGCUUCCCAGCAUGCUUCACUCUAAUCGUGUGCAUUGCUGGAGUUUUUAAGUCCAUUGUCGGAGUUGCUGGGGGUGCCACGAGAGCUGCACUCACUCUGCACCAAGCCCGCAGAGACAACAUGGCCGAUGUGUCCGCAAAAGAUGGCAGCCAGGAGACAUUGGUGAACCUUGCCGGACUGUUGGUCAGCCUAGUUCUCAUUCCGCUGGUCACCGACAACCCACUGCUGACCUUCACCCUCUUCUUCUUCUUCACCGUCCUGCACCUCCUGGCCAAUUACAGGGCAGUUCGUUCUGUUGUCAUGGAGACCCUUAAUGAGACUCGACUCUCUAUUCUGCUGCACCACUACUUGAGUGAUGACCAGAUCCUCAGUCCACUGGAGGCCAAUCACAGAGAGCCUGUUUUCCCUGAUUUCAAAAGGAGAGUCCCAAUUAAACUUGGAGUAAGAUUGGGAGAACUUGUUAAUAGCCCUGCGGAGCUCCAGCUGGCUUUGAAAAACAAUAGAAAACCGUACCUCAUCGGAGUGAAGGAUGGCUCUGUGUGUGUGUGUCGGCGUCAGGACAUGCCUGCAAGCCAGGAAAUAAAGGCGGUCUGUCAGGCAGUGUGUCUCAGCACAGCGCUGCUCCCAGGGCCUGCGCCAGAGGGCGUUCUGAAAACGCUGUGUGCUGUGGGACGCCAAGGUCUGUGGGAAAUGGUCUCUGAGAGUCACAAGCUGAUUGAGAACAUUUUUCCAUCAUUCCUUGAUGGUCUGAGGGCACAUGGCUGGCAGACUGACCGACUUCUCCUGGACUGGGAUGAGUGGAGGGUGGACUGGGGCAAGAAGAGUGAUUGAGUGCUUGUGGGAUGUACUUAACCUGCAAGACACUAGUACCCUCUUUCUCUGCUCACAACUUUAUGUGUGUUUUGUUUCUAAACUUGAUGUAUUGUUUUGAUAAAUACAAUAUGUUUUGAUAAAAAUUU